UCCGGAGCUUUUUUCAGUGGUGGAUUUUGUCAGUUGGUUCUGUCACCUUCGUCUGUGAUAUGAUACUUGUGGUUUAAGUAAUAACUUACGAAGCAGUUUAUUGAAAUUAUUUUUUUGAAGGUUCGACCGGCAAAUAUGACGGACUUAUUUGCCGGAUGCAGUAGCAGUGAAGAAGAUGUUGGUAAUGUUUUGCGGACAGACAACGCUUAUGCUCGACAUUACGAUGAUUGGAGACGUAAAGAAGAACUAAUGAAAGCCAAAGCUCGGUAUGGCAGUGAUCUUGAAGCAUCAUUUGGCAGCCAAUCCAGCGAUACUGAAGAGGAAGACGAAGAAGCAAGACAGUGGACAUCGGAACAUGAAAAGAAGUUUCUUGCGACACUUAGUGCUUUAAAAGGGCGCGAUCCAAGGAUCUACAAAAAAAAUGAGAUAAUUUUCGGCGAUGUGCAGUCAGAGAGUAAUCAAGUCAGUCAAGCAGGGGAGUUGACGGGCGAGGCUGGGUGUGAGGAUAACAAAUCGAAGGCUGCUUCAUUUAAAGAAAAAAAAAUGACACUUAAGGACUACGAGAGGAAAAUCAUAUCCGAGGAAGGAGGUAUUUAUGUUGAUGAUGAAGAAAUCCAAGGUCCUCGAGCACGAUUGAUCGACGAAACCCACCAAGACAAACUCACAUAUAAUGACGAACAGCGGGCUUUAAGGGAUAGCCUUAAAGCGGCUGCGUGGGAAACGGAUGAUGAUGAAUCCGGAGAGAACAAUGAUCUUGCUGGUGGGCUUGUUUCCCGAAAAAAACGAAAGCUGGAUCAAGAAAUCAAAGAGGAGGAGGAAGAAUAUGUGAAAUGGCUGAAAGGUGAAACCGAUCGAUUGUCAAAUAAAAAAGAGGCUAAAGAACUGGCCGAGCUAAAGCGGUUGUGGACUGAAGCUGGUGAAGAAAAACUAGACGAAGCAGAGAAGUUCCUACGCGACUAUGUGCUUAACAAAAGGUAUCUCACUUCGAAGGACGAUGAUUUCAAGUUUGAAGUCGAUUUCAGUGAAGAUGAAAAAGAUAUCGAAGAGAUGAACGAAUUUGAACACAAGUACAAUUUCCGUUUUGAGGAUCCUGAUCCCGACUUUAUCAAACGGUAUCCUCGAACAAUUGAGGAUUCUAUGCGUCGAAAAGAUACUCGACGUGCAGAUAAAAAAGCUGAGAGAAAGGCUCGUAAAGAACAAGAACGGGUGCAGCUGCGAGAGGAAAUAAAUCGAUUAAAAAGUAUGAAAAAGAAAGAGAUCUUAAGUAAGAUUGAUAAACUUAAGAAUAUUGCUGGAAACGCAGAUAUAGCGUUUAAUGAUGCUGAUAUUGAUGGUGACUUUGAUCCCGAGGAGCACGAUCGCCGUAUGGUAGAGUUGUUCGCCUCUUAUGACGAAGAGGCUGGGGAAGAUUUCUACCCAGAACUAGAAGAGGAUGAUCACGAUCUGGACGAUCUUCGUUAUGAUGACUGGGAUAAGUACGAAGGUGAAAAAAUUCUGUUUGAGGAUGAAGGCUCUGAGGAUAACGAAGACCAGUAUAACGACCUUGAGAAAGAUCAUGCACCUGGGUUCAGUGGACUUUCUCAGUCGAUCCAGUCGUCGAAAGUUCCUGAAAAGGCUGAAUCCCAGUCCAAUCUAUCUAGUAGCGGCGAAGCGAUUGAAACUGGUCACGGUAAUGUCAACUCCAGCGAUUUAGAUGAAAACAAUGUGAUUCAAAGAAAGGAGACAGAUGGCAUUGAACGAACAAGUGAAGGGAAGCUUUUGAUUCGAGGUAAAAAGUCGGCCAAGCUGACACUUCGAGAUAUUUUGCCGCAAAACAAAGAAAAGAAACGGAGGAAAUCCAAAUUUGCAGAGGCACUAGCGAGGAAUAAGCCAACUUUCGAUCCUGAGCGAGACCAAAAAUUCGAGAAGUAUUUCGAUGAAUACUACAAGCUCGAUUUUGAAGAUGUCGUCGGGGGAUUACAGACCCGUUUCAAGUACCGCCAAGUCAUUCCUAACGAUUUUGGUCUUUCAACAGAAGAAAUCCUCAAUGCGCAUGAUAAAGAGUUAAACAAGUGGUGUACUUUGAAGAAAAUGGUUCAGUAUCGAUCUGAAGAGGAAGAAAACAAAGAUCUUCAUGUCUACAAUAAAAGAAAAGACCACAUGCACUUGAAGCAGAAGAUACUCGCCUCGGUAUACCCUACGGAUAUAGAGAGUCCUGAUGCUGAAAUCGUACACGAAGCUGCAGAAGCCAAAACAACGUUGGAGCCAAAACCGAAGUCCAAAAGCCGAAAAAAUAAAAAGAAAAAGCAACGUACCACACAGCAGGUUGAAACUGAUCACGAGGACAAUGUCCAAGAAGGUGAUCACAACGAAGACUUUGAUGAUAAAAAUUAUGGUAAAAGUAGUAUUGAUAAAGAUGACAUCCAAAAGGCUUUAUCCAAAAAACGGAAGAGAAGUCCGAUGGAUAGAGAGGCGGGAACGGCUGAGCAGAAGAAACCGAAGGUUGCCAAAGGGGGAGAUGCUCGUGUCACUGAUGAAGUGAAGAUAGCAGAAAUGUCGUCUGUGGAGCAUCGUAUUAGUGAACCAGUUAGGUCCGACACAGAUGAACAGGAACAAGAGAAAGGCAACGCUAAAAAAACUAAUAAAAAAAUUGAUUACAACAAAAAAGAUCAACGGCGAACAGAACUCGAAACUAGUGGAAAAUUUGUAAAAAAGUCCCAUGAAAAAGGUAAACGCUUUGGUAAUAUACAAAAGAAGUCCUUAGAUAAGAAGACACAAAACAUGCAAAUCCUUAAAAAGAGCCUUGAUAGAAAGGCGAAAAAGGCUAAAAAAGGUUUCAAGGUCGUGUCGUCUGAGACGUCUCAGUUUGAUACUAUUCCAUGGGAUCAGCUGACGGCUAAACAGAAGAAAAACCGCCGAAACGCAAUGAUAAAAAAGCGUAAAAAAGCCGAGACUAACAAACAGAAGAUGCAAGAUGCAACGAGGCGUAAAAACAAAUUUAGACGGUUGGAGGAACUGCAAAUGAGCGAAGCAAGAAUGAAGGCCUAUGGUUUAAACCCAAACAAAGUGAAAGGUAAUCUUGUAUAUUCAAGUGGUUUGUCGGGCAAGAGUAAGUUAAAAGUCGACAAAGCCAAAAAUCAGGAAUACAAAGAAAGUAGUAGAGGAGCAACGGAUGUGUAGGUUCAAAGCAAAGUAUUUUACAGUCUCGAAUGGAAGUUGUUAUAUAGCAAUUAUGUAAAUAUAAAAGUUCGAAUAAAUAUAUAAGUGAUUUGUGAAGACUAUGGCUUAGAUGUUAUU